AUGUCAAAAUUGGCCGGCGAGUCAGAAUCUAACCUACGCAAAGCGUUCGAAGAGGCAGAAAAAAAUGCACCAGCCAUUAUUUUUAUUGAUGAACUUGAUGCGAUCGCCCCUAAGAGGGAAAAAACCCACGGUGAAGUAGAACGCCGCAUCGUUUCUCAAUUACUGACAUUAAUGGAUGGUCUAAAACAACGGAGCCAUGUAAUUGUCAUGGCUGCUACGAAUCGUCCUAAUAGUGUUGACCCGGCAUUGAGACGCUUUGGUCGUUUUGAUCGCGAAAUAGAGAUAGGUAUUCCUGAUAGUAUUGGGAGACUGGAUAUUUUGCGGAUACACACCAGGAACAUCCGGCUGGCUGAAGAUGUUGAACUUGAGCAAAUAGCCAAUGAAGCUCACGGUCACGUAGGAGCUGAUCUAGCUUCGUUGUGCUCAGAAGCUGCCCUCCAACACAUAAGAAAUAAGAUGAAUCUUAUUGACUUAGAAGACGACACAAUUGACGCUGAAGUAUUGAACUCGUUGGCCGUAACGAUGGAUGACUUUCGUUGGGCUUUAGGAAAGAGUAAUCCGUCCGCUCUUCGCGAGACCACAGUUGAGGUACCAAAUGUCACCUGGGAUGAUAUUGGUGGGUUAGAAAAUGUGAAACGAGAGCUCCAGGAACUGGUUCAGUAUCCCGUUGAACAUCCUGAUAAAUUCCUGAAAUUCGGUAUGACUCCUAGCAAAGGUGUCCUGUUUUAUGGUCCGCCAGGUUGUGGUAAGACGUUGUUGGCGAAGGCGAUUGCGAACGAAUGUAAAGCCAAUUUUAUCAGCAUCAAAGGACCCGAACUCCUUACUAUGUGGUUUGGUGAAUCUGAAGCAAACGUUCGGGACAUUUUUGAUAAAGCUCGACAAGCGGCACCGUGUGUGCUUUUCUUUGAUGAACUGGACUCGAUUGCCAAAGCUCGUGGAGGUAGCGUUGGUGAUGCUGGAGGUGCUGCUGAUCGUGUUAUCAACCAACUUCUAACCGAAAUGGAUGGUAUGUCUGCUAAAAAGAACGUUUUUAUCAUUGGUGCCACUAAUCGCCCAGAUAUUAUUGAUGGGGCCAUCUUGCGUCCUGGAAGACUCGACCAACUAAUUUACAUUCCACUGCCAGAUGAAGCCUCAAGAGCUAAUAUUCUAAAAGCUAAUUUAAGAAAAUCCCCAAUUGCAAAGGAUGUUGACAUUAAUUUCUUAGCAAAAGCUACUCAGGGAUUUUCGGGUGCUGACCUCACAGAAAUAUGUCAGCGUGCCUGUAAACAAGCAAUACGUGAGUCUAUCGAGGCGGAAAUACGUGCUGAAUCUGAAAAGAAAAACAAGCCCAAUGCUAUGGAAGAUGAUUUUGAUCCAGUACCAGAAAUAACUCGUCGUCAUUUUGAAGAAGCAAUGCGCUUUGCAAGACGCUCAGUGACUGAAAAUGAUGUACGGAAAUAUGAAAUGUUCGCCCAAACAUUGCAACAGUCAAGAGGAAUAGGUAGUAAUUUCAGAUUCCCUGGAUCAGAUGGACCUGGAAUACCUACAGGUCACGGUACUCAGGGAGGAGGAGGAUCAGCCUAUGGAUCUCAAAAUGACGCAGAAGAUUUAUACAACUAA